UCAAAUAAAUUGGUUAGUCUCUAAGGUGCCACAAGUACUCCUUUUCUUUUUGCGAAUACAGAUUAACACGGCUGUUACUCUGAAACCUUUAACUUCUACUUAUCCUGAAACUGCCUUAGUGCUGGAGACGAGGAAGGACCCGGAGUAGUUUAGGACCCAGCAGACAGUGGCAGGCGGCAGUUGUGUAGAUCACUGAGAGACUAAGAGGGUCCAGUCCAGUUUUAAUUCUGUCUCUAAUCUCUGCCACAGCAGUGCUUUCCCCAACAGCCCCAGCUCGGGCUCGGGCGUCUCUCUCUCCAGCCUGAUCCCCGGCAAAAAACAUGUCACUGGCUUCCUCACAGUGGCAACCCUAGAGGGAAAAGUGGCCCCAGAUGCGCAAGCCUGAGGAUUCGGUACAAAGAGGUGCACAAAAUGAAGACCCUGAUGCGCCAUGGGCUGGCGGUGUGUUUAGUGCUCACCACCAUGUGCACCAGCUUGUUGCUCAUCUACAGCAGCAUCGGCGGCGGGGGCCAGAAAGAGCCGAGCCAGCAGCAGCAGCAGCAGGUGGCGGCGGCGGCCAGUGGGAAGCCGGAGAGCGAGCAGCCGGGCCCCAGCCAGCAGCGCCCCAGGCUCCCUGUGGGGGCUGGGCUCCUGGAGGGCUACAGCGGCGUCCUGGACCACAAGCCUUUGAAAAUGCACUGCAAGAGUUGUGCACUGGUAACCAGUUCUGGACACCUCUUGGGAAGCAAACAAGGCAACAGAAUUGACCAGACUGAGUGUGUAAUACGAAUGAACGAUGCACCCACUCAAGGUUAUGGAAAAGAUGUUGGAAACAAAACUAGCCUUCGAGUCAUUGCACAUUCUAGUAUCCAGAGAAUUCUGCGAAACCGCAAUGAACUGUUAAAUAUGAGUCAAGGUACUGUGUUUAUCUUCUGGGGUCCCAGCAGCUAUAUGAGAAGAGAUGGAAAAGGUUUGGUUUAUAAUAAUCUGCAAUUGAUGAAUCAGAUACUACCUCAAUUAAAAGUAUAUAUGGUUUCUCGGCACAAGAUGCUUCAAUUUGAUGACCUCUUCAAACGGGAAACUGGCAAAGACAGGAAGAUAUCCAACACUUGGCUUAGCACAGGAUGGUUCACGAUGACUAUCGCAUUAGAACUCUGUGACAGGAUAAAUGUUUAUGGCAUGGUGCCACCAGAUUUCUGCAGGGAUCCUAAUCAUUCUUCAGUACCUUAUCAUUAUUAUGAACCUUUGGGACCUGAUGAAUGUACAAUGUACAUUUCACACGAGCGGGGACGAAAGGGCAGCCAUCAUCGUUUUAUCACAGAGAAACGAGUGUUUGAGAACUGGGCACGGACAUUCAAUAUUCACUUUUUUCAACCAGACUGGAAACCAGAAUCACUUACGAUAAAUCACCUGGAGAUUAAACCCGUGUUCUGAGGAAUGAACGCACAAGACUGCAAUCACAAUCACCUACUGUAUCAGGCUUCAGGGUAUUGAACCUCGCAGAAGAGCAAAGCAAUCUAAAAAAGCAAGGUUAACAGGAUUUGUGGGUGGAAACUGCUACAAUAUUCAGGAAGUUCUUGCGAAGAAAUACAUAAAAGGACAUUUUGUAUCCAAUUGUAUCAUAAUCCAGUAAUUAACAUUGUCUGGCCAGCUCACCUCCUGUAAAGUAUGUGAUCUGUAAAAAACAACUUGACUAUCGUUAAUGGGAUGUUUAAUUCAUUAUAGUUUUUUAAAGCACGUUGCCACUGAAUUUUCAUAGUGAAAACUUAAAAUACUUAUUUAAUGGAGGUUUUUAUGCAGGCUAGGCCAGUAUUUUUCUAAUUCCCAAUUAUGUGAUUAUCUUUCAUAAGCCUACAAACCCAAAAUUUAUUGCUGGUCAUAUAGAAAGGUCUAGCUUCUUGUUUAUAAGUUUUUCCUUUGAAAAAUAUGAUUCUAUUGAGCAUGUAAUUAAUAUUUGAUCUGUAAAUGUUGUAUUUCUUUUUAAAUUGCCGGGCUCCACUCCAAUAUAGAGUCUUUAACGGCAAAAAAAUUCCCGUGUGACGAUCAUGUGAGAGACGCUACAAUCUGACAUUUCACAUUAAUAUGAAAAUGACAAAGAAAAUUCCUUUUGAUGUAAAUGUGCACUUGCUGCUAUGAUGUCAGGCUGCUCUUUCUUAAUGGAGAGGGAGUAGAGGGCAGGGCAAGGUUUACUAGAUUGUAUCCUGGGAUAUCGCCACCAUCUGUGGCACUGUGCAUAUAAUUAAGACUGAAAAAUGAGAGGGGCCACUUCAGGAGGUCAGAGAACUCUCAGUAACUCCAUCAUUCUGUUUGGCCUUUUAUAUUUCCCACUAACUCUGUAAUGCUCCCAUUUCCAGAUGCAAUCUGCAAGACAGCCUGCAAUGGAUUAAGAGUACAUGAACUGAAUCCUUCCCCUACGAUAGGUACUUACGUGAUGUUCCUAAGUCUACACCAACCAGCAGAAUAGAAAUUGUUUGGCAUCAAUUAUAUGAGAUAUACAUUACCACUCCAAACUCUCUCCUAUCUAUUUCCCCAGUAACUUUCUUCUCAUAGAUCCUGGGUCACAGUGAGGUUAGGAGCCUGAGUGGAUUGAGAUCAGUGGUUCUGAGACUGUCCUCUUGAGGACAAAAAGUAGCAGAACAUGGCAGGUUCUUCAUGAUGCACAUGUGGCUAGUUCCUGUGAAUUACAGUGGUGGACACUAAUAGUUCUAUAUAUGGAAAUUCACAGUGGGGUCUUAUUGGGUUAUAAUGGCUUGCACAGAAAGAUGGAUUUCAUUUCCUGUUUCAGAGUAGCAGCCGUGUUAGUCUGUAUUCGCAAAAAGAAAAGGAGUACUUGUGGCACCUAACAAAUUUAUUUAUUCAUUCGAUGAAGUGAGCUGUAGCUCACGAAAGCUUAUGCUCAAAUAAAUUUGUUAGUCUCUAAGGUGCCACAAGUACUCCUUUUCAUUUCCUGUGUUGUUUUUCCUUUCAACUCCCAACUACUAAAACUCAAUCACUUUUUCAAAGUAAUUUCUGGGAGUAAUUUACUUAUUACAUGAGUACUAUAAUUCAGGCAAUAAAGCUCCUUCAUUGUACAAAGAGUGAAACCAAAGCUAUUGUUAAUGGUUGAUCUUAAAAUAUCAAAAGUCAGGAACUCAAAAGUGAGGUGCAAUACCCCGUGGCAGUGGGAUCACACUGGGUGUACACAAUUUGCCCAAAUUCACACCUGAUGGGAGUAGCUGCACCUCCUGUGGAAGUCUCUGCCUCGUACUCAGCCAGGACAUAAGCAGUGGUGGCAUUUGGUUAGAAAAUGGGUCACAUAGCAUAAUUUGCACCAAUUUAGCAUUCAGUGGAGUCUAAGCCAUAACUGCAAGGAGGUGGAAGGGAUGCAGCAAGUAGGAUAGAGCCGUCCUUCUCCUUUGUCUCAGUUGGUAUUUUCCCCCUGCUGCUUACCCCUUCAGUCUGCAAACCCCUGAAUGCAAAACUAGUACAAGUUACAUUACUUGCCCAUUAUUUACCCCCCAUUCUCUGGCCAAUUUUCAGCUGAUGUUUAAUUUCCACCAUUUAGAGAAGGGGUUCUCAAACUUCAUUGCAUCAUGACCCUCUUCUGACAACAAAAAUUACUACACAACUCCAGAAGGGGGGACCGAAGCUUGAGCCUGCCUGAGCCCUGCUGCCUCAGAUUGGUGGGGAGAGGAGGGGGGCAAAGCCUGAGCCUCAUCACCCGGGCAAGGGUGGGGGCAAAGCUGAGGCAAGGGGCCUGUAACCUGAGCCCAGCAACCCAGGGCUGAAGCUCUCAGACUUCAGCUUCUGCCCUAGGUGGUGCAGCUCGGGCUUUGUCCCCGGGUGCUGGGGCUCAGACUUCAGCUUCAGUCCUGGGCCCCAGCAAGUCUAAGCCAGCCCUCACAACCCCAUUAAAAUGGGGUCAUGACCUGCUUUGGGGUCCCGACUCUCAGUUUAGGGUGACAAGGAGUCUGGUGGCACCUUAAAGACGAAUAGAUUUAUUUGGGCAUAAACUUUCAUGGGUAAAAAGAACCACUUCUUCAGAUGUUUAGGGUGAGCCUCCCAGCCUAGGUAGACAGACACACACUAGCUCAAGUUGAGGUCACCUACUAAAAACGAGCACUGAGGAUGUUGUGGCACAAGCAGUGCCAUGGGCUAGUCACCGGAGUACAAGCCCUCUUGACACCCCACUGGCCCCACCAGAUCCCUACUCACGUGGCUAGCCUGUGUCAUAAUGUCCACACCGCUAUUUUAAGCACAUUAGCUUGAGCAGAGGUAGCUUGUGGACAGGCAGGCAUGGUACCAGCUACUGUGAAGACAUACCCAUAGUGACUGUGUUUUAUUCCUCCCAUGUUAUGUCAUGGCACCUUAGAAACAAAAGAAUGGAUUUUAAACUGAUUAUGUGAAGAGCCAUUUCACCCUGGCUACUGGCGGCAUAUCCCACACAUAGUGCUAAAAUUGGUGAACUUCAGUCAAAUUGAUUUACAGAACAUGUUAAUUGUCACUGUAAAAGAUUUUGUUAUAGAUUACAAGGCUUCUAAGCUGCCAUAGUGACCUAUCUUUUAGUUACUUUAUUAUUGGUUUAAUGCUAAAAGGAUUUUGGACGUGGUAAAAUAUAGCACUGUUAGGGUAUGUCUACACUGCAAAAAGAAACUGGCAGCACACAGUCUCAGAGCCCAGUCCCUUGGCUGCGACUCAGGCUCUGGGACUAAAAAUAGACUAAAGUAGAGACGAUCAGGCUCGGGUUGGCGCCCAGGCUGAGUCCCUCCAUCCUUGCUGGGUUUUAGAGGCCAGGAUCCAGCCUGAGGCUGAUCAGCUAAAUUGCUAUUUUUAGUCCCACAGCCUAAGCCCAAGUAGUCGGACCCAGGCCAGCCGCAGCUGUGCUGCAGCUCUUUCAUUGCAGAGUCAAUGUAGCCUGAGGUCUUCUAUCACUGUGUAGCUGUCAGGCUUGCAUGCGCUAUGCCGCCAUAUUAAAAGUCCCUAAGAAAUUAUAGUUAAAUAUGGGUUAAACAGUGUACUCGACCCUUUUCUAUAUUAACUAGGAAUUGCCAGCCUGGAUUAGCAGCAAGGUCCAGCUCAUCUAGGGUCCUGUCACCAACAAUGGCCAGUACCAGAUACUUUGAGGUGGAGUGGGGGAGGGAGACAACACAACACUGCAGGAGGCAGUUGUGGGAUAAUCUUUAAUAGUUAGAGACUGGAUUUAGCCCUGAAGCAGGAGGUUUAAUAUUGUUAGCAGUAACUAAUCUGGUGGCUCCUGUUACCCAUUAACUGGCCAAUGACUCCUCUAAGGUAUUUAGGUGCCUAGCUGCUUCAUUAGAUGCCUAACACCUCCAUUUAGGAGCCACUGACUUUUUUCAAAACUGCCACUCUGCUGCUAUCUAACCCUAAGUCCUGUAGGUGCCUAUGAGUCCUCCGAUCAGCAUUCACAAACCACCUCAGCCCACAGGUCACCCCCCCAGCUAACAUGCAGUUUAGGCUGCGUGUCCCCAUCUUGUCAGUGGGGCCUGCUCCCAUAGGCAUGCACUGACCAUGUAGCUGGGGGUGGGUGGGUAGGGUGGGGCUGGAUGCAGGCCACU